AUGUCGGAGAAGAACGAAGUGACCCAGACGGAGAAUGGGGUCCAACCCAAGAACCGUACUUGCGCUCGACACUGCAAGCGCUUCUGGUGGGUUUAUCUCAUCAUUCUCUGUGUCAUUACUGUGAUUGUGGUUCCAGUAAUAAUUCUUGUUGCUGUCCCCAAGAUUGCACAAAGUAAGAUCAACGAAGCCGAGCUUGAGAUUCAAAGCGUCCAGAUUCUUGAAACCGAGCCAAAUGCCUAUCUCAUGAAGAUCGAUUCUUCCAUCACCACUGAUGGCAAGAUCCAUGCAUCAGUUGAUCCAUUUGAGGCCGACAUGUAUCUCGAGGACUGGCCAGCACAUGUACCAUUUGCGACAGUGAACAUGCCCGAGACCAACAGCAACAAGCAUCAGGUCGUGAACGUCACCCAGAAUGUUAAGAUUGCCGACAUGGAGGAGUUCACUCGAUUCAACGUCUGGUUCCACAACAACGAAACACUGCGCGUUACCGUCAACGGAAAGACAAAGGUCAAGCCCAGUGGUCUGCCACGCAAGUACGAUGUCACCUUCAAGAAGACAAUUGAACUCAAGGGUCUCAACCACUUCGCUGGCACCAAGGUUACCGAUGGCCACAUUGGCUUGAGCAGUGACAAGAGCAUCCCCAACUUCAACGGCACAACUGUCAUUCCAAACGCUUCCGUCUUCACACUAGACAACGGCAACGUUACCUUCACGAAUUUCGUCGGAGACACGGAAGUUGGUACCCUCACGAUUCCAAACCUGGUCCUUAAGCCAGGCGACAACGUUGUCAACAUCACCGCCAAGAUGGAUCAGAAAUUCAUCCUUGACACCGUCGGCCAGGAGCCUUACUGCAAGACAGGAAUUAUUCCUUUCAAGCUGUUGGGCAAAUCAGUCGUGAACCAUGGCGAGAACCUCACUUAUUUCGCCGCGGCGCUGGGAAGCUCCAAUCAGACUGUCGAGAUUGACAUUGGCGCUAUCUUGAAGAAGGAUAUUGGCUAUGAAGUCAAGUGCAAAAGCGAUUGA